GACAACAAACCACUUGAUGAUGAUGAAGAUCGUAAAAAUCCUCAGUAUAUCCCUAAGAAGGGAACAUUCUAUGAGCACGAUGACCGAACGGCAGAAGAUGAUGCAGAAAAACCUGUUCCAGAAGAACCAGUUGUCAAGAAGGAAACAGGCAAGAAGAAGGUGUGGAAGGAAGAUGACAGAUGGAACCAUGACAAGUUUAAUGAAUUUGAUCAAGCUCCAAAAUCGAGGGAGGAACUUAUAGCUAUAUAUGGGUAUGACAUUCGCAAUGAAGAGGGCCCCCCACGUGCUCGUCGCAGGAGGAGAUAUGGACGCGGCCCUAACAAAUAUACUCGCAACUGGGAGGAUCUUGAUGCAUAUGCAAAGCCCACACGAGGAGGCACUGUUCGGGGAGGUAUUGGAAGAGGAGGAAACAGAUCUUGGACAGGAAGUAGGAAGACUUUAGAGAAUGAGGAAGAAUUUCCAGCUUUGAACUCCUUACAGAACUCUAAACAGUUAAUGGAUGAUCCCCAGGCUGAACAAAAUAUUCCCAAUUCAGAGUCCCCAAGAACUGACCAGCAAAGACCAAUCCAUGAUGACCAAAUAUUAGGCAACACUGAUGGCCACAAACAGCUGCAGCCUCACCAGUCUCCUCAACAGCAGCAUCAUCAGAAGAAUUCAAUUGCAAGUCCACAAGUCCAGGAUGUUAGGAUGGAAAAUCCAGGCAGGGGCAGAGGUGGCAGAGGGAGAGGACGUGGGGCAGGAAGAGGCAAUAAUAGGCAUAACGAUGAGCGAAGUCACAAUUAUCAAGAGAGCAGACCUGCUGGUCGUGGAGGCAGGGGUGGACACCAGCAGAGACCACCACAGCAGCACCCAUCUCAUGGCCCAAGAGAAAUGGAGGAGAUAACAGUGGAUAUGAAGAAUAUUAGUGUUAGUGCACAAAAUCGUGAAGAACAGUUCAGAGGCAAAAACAGAGGAGGAGGAAAUUCGGAUAAUAGACGCAACAUGGUACCACCACGCCUUCAGGAAUCUGCAGCAGCAGCUGCAAAUGCGCAAGGCAGAGGAAACCGGGGAGGCAAUGCAUCUCCCGGAGGUGAUGGGUCAGCCUCUAGACCAAAGCGAUACUCAUCUCAGAGACAGCGUUCCAUCCCAGACCAGCCUGUGCCUCCCUUCCAGCAGCAGCCUAACUACAUUGAUCCUGCAAUGGAACCUGGCUAUCAGGGUGGAGUGUAUGAGGGAGGAAGUGGAAACCCGUCAACCAGCCACUCAGUUACAUCACCUCACUCCCAAAUGCCCUUAGGUGGUGCUCCUCCCUCCUUUGUUCCUCCAGCCUUUACAUCCCCACCCACCUUCCCUCCAGAGCCUUUCCUGGGGAGACCACCAGCACCUCGCCCGUUCCCGCCGGUCACACAAUCACCGCACCUCUAUGGCCCUCCAGUCGCACCGCCCGUCGCUGGACCUCCUGUGGGCGCGCCGCCACCCCUCGGUGCUCCUCCGGUGGGUGCACCUCCAGUACCAGGCCCUCCUGUCACUGGCCCGCCAUUCUUACCCCCUGAGAACAUGAUUAACUAUGGAGCACACCCUGGCCCCCACCCUGGCCCUCUCCCAGGAGCUGCUCCGUUAGCUGGCCCCCACCCACCUCAGUUCCCGCCAUUCCAGGGCUUCACCCCAGGCACAGUGUCCCAGCCAGGUGAAAUCUACAGUAAUGGUGUCACCUACUACAACACCCAGAGUCAGCAACAUCUCCCUAGGAUCAACUUGCCUCUGCAGAAGAGACCGAAGGCUGCUAUCCCAAUUGUUCCACCCCCGGAGAGGGAAAGCAGAAAGGAAGGAGGUGCAGCUCAAGAUACUGCAGCAGGAACUAGACAAGAUGAGCAGGGCCCGGAACAUUCAGAACAAGAGUUGAACCCUGAGGUAUCGAACCAGGAAGGGGAGAACCCCAAGGAGAGGCAUCAAGAGCCUGAGAAGGUUCAAGAGGAGGCAGCAAGUGCAGAGAAAAUGGAGCCGGCUGUUUCAUCGUCUGAGGCUUCUAAAGACCAGCAAAAGGAUACCAAAGAAGAGAAAAGUUCAAAAACUGUAGAUAAUCAUCUUAAAGAUAGUGAACCAGAGGUAGCCACUACAAAACAAGAAUCUUCUGAAGCAAAGCCAUCUGUGGAUAAUCCGGAAACUGCAACUGUUCCCGAGAAGGAAGUACAGGCACCAGUCGUUGAAUCGAAACCAGCAGAAAAGAAGGCAUCAAGUGAAGAAUUACAAUCACCGCCACCAGUAUCAGAAACACCAGAUACAGCAGUAGCAGCUUCUUAAUGUUAUGUAAUGUUUUUAGUGUAUAUUGUGUGUUAUUAAUUGACUGGCAGAUAUUUAUUACCUGUUAUCUGAGUUAAGAAAUUUGAGAAUUGUCAUCCAGUCAGACAUUUCCUUGAUGUAGGCAAUAAAAAAGCUAAAAAAACAGCUUCAGACAGUACAUUUUAUAUAUGCUAUAGCUUUAUAAAUUGUUAGUUUGGUUAAAUUUGGUAAUUGUUUGCAUUUAAUGUAUGCAUAAUGAUGUUAGCCGCAUAAUGUAUCUUUGUACGUCUAGAUCCUCGAGCUCGGGUAGAUGGGUCAUAUGUAUGUCAAAAUAUACAUAUUUUAAAGGAUUAAAAAUUCUUCAGUUUUUUAA